UUGGUCCGAUACCUGAUGAAAUAUUUUGAGGUUAGGUUUUUAAUGUCAACGGAAUGGCGACACAUGCGGUCUGCAAUCAGUAAUUUACAACGAGUAAAAUAAAAAAUCUGCCUUAACAUGAGUCGCAAAAUAAGAUUUCGAAAUGCUGAUGAAAACUUGUAUGGUUUUGAAACUGGCGACGUAUCAGAUUCAGAGGAGGAGUAUUCUAAGGAAGACAAACGGCUGUUGGAGAAAGUUCGCAAAAAAAGAACAGUAGACAAUUAUGAUAGUGAAGAUGAAGUCUAUGGACUUCAGGCUGACGAGGAUGUGGACGAGACAGAUGACGACGACGAUGAUGGGUCAGAUUCUAUGAAAUCUGACAUCGAAGGUUUGCAGGAGGACGACGAUUUGCCUAAUGAAAAAGCUUGGGGAAAUAAAAAAAGCAGGUUUCAUUCUACCGAUUAUGUUGACCAGGAUUACGGGACUACUAAUCAGCAGGAUUUAGAGGCUGCAGAACUUGAAGAACAGGAAGCAAGAAAUAUUCAAAAAAGAUUAGCAGAACAGCUGGAUGAUGCUGAUUUUGGAUUGGACUUACUUGAGACUACACAAGAUAAAGAAGAAAAUGAAGACUGUCAGCAGACAGUUAAAACCGAUUUAAGCAAACUUACCAAGAGGGAAAAGCAGGCGUUGGUUAUGAAAGAGAGUCCCGAAUUUACUGGGCUUGUAACAGACUUGAAAGAAUGCCUGACUGAAGCACGAGAUAUUCUAGAACCAUUUUUAAAGUUAAUUAAAAAUGGCAAAUUCUCAGAGUCUGCAGGCAUAACGUUUGUUAGGACCAAAUACCACGUGAUUCUGAACUACUGCAUCAACAUACUAUAUUAUCUGAUGCUGAAAGCAAAUAAAGUAUCUGUUCAUUCUCAUCCAGUUAUCAAAAGGUUAGCACAGUACCGGCAGCUUCUUAAUCAAUUAAAAGCUGGGCAAGGAGAAUUAUUAGACGAAGCUGUAGAAAUAUUGAAAGCCGCUGAAAACAACCAACCGCUUUACAAUCUGGACAAUGUUGAAUUUGGUAAAAAGAGUCGAAAGAGGCCAUCCUCUGAUUUAUCUCGUGAGCAGAUAAAAUCUAGCAAGAAAAACUUUCUUGCAACUGUUGAGGAUGAAGAACCAAUUGAACAGGCAGAGGAUGAAAAUUCUGAGAUGGAUGAAAUCGCUGAUGAAAUGGAGAACCAGGGUACUGAAGUUCUUUUUGAAGAUGUUGAUGGCAAGCGAGCCAUUACUCGCCAAAUUGCGAAGAAUAAGGGACUGACCCCACACCGUCGGAAGGAUCUACGCAACCCAAGAGUUAAACUCAGGAACAAAUAUCGCAAGGCCAAAAUUCGAAGAAAGGGAGCGGUGAGAGAAGUCAGGAAGGAGGAGACACGGUACGGCGGAGAGACCUUUGGAAUCAACGCUCGUGUUAAGAAGAGCAUCAAGUUGAAAUAAAAUAAAAAUUACCAAUCUCAAUGAAAGUAUACAUAUAUAGAAAUAAAUAAAUUCU